UUAGAGUCUGAUGUGUUUCUGUGUAAGUGCAAUGGCCGACAGAAGCAUGGGCACUGAAUCUGCAGACCCUAACCGAGAGGAGCCUUAUCUUUACCGAGGAAGAACCAAAUGUUCCCCGGAGGAAGAGGAGAGACUAGAAAAACAACACUUCUGGAAAAUUAUCAACGCAUUUCGAUAUUACAGGACCCAUAUUGAGGAGCGGCUGAAGAGGUGUGAGCAGCAGUUCCUCAGUCUUCCUCGCCGCCAUCAGCAGCUCCUCUCCGGCUUCCUGGAUAAACUGGCCGAGAUCCGGCGCUGUAUGGAGUGCAACCAUGAGGUCCUGCAGGCCAUUGUCCAGAACUGCACGCACAUGUUCGAGAACAUAGAGUAUGACAAGGAUGAUGACGUGAGGCGAGCCGGACCAGCUUCAACGUUCGACAUGGACAAGCUGAAGUCCACCAUUAAACAGUUUGUGCGGGAUUGGAGUGAAGCAGGUCAAGCGGAGAGGGAUUCCUGCUACAAGCCCAUCGUUGAAGAGAUACAGAAACAGUUUCCUCCUGAAAAGUGUGACGUCUCUGAGGUGAAAGUGUUGGUUCCGGGAGCCGGUCUCGGGCGUCUAGCAUGGGAAAUCGCAUGCCUCGGUUACUCCUGCCAGGGCAAUGAGUGGAGCUUCUUCAUGCUUUUCUCCUCCAACUUCGUCCUUAACAGGUGCGAGAAGCAGAACUCUCUGACGUUGUAUCCUUGGGUUCACCAGUUCAGCAACAACAAGAUGUCUGGAGACCAGACGAGAGCCGUGACCUUCCCAGACGUUAACCCCCACAGUCUCCCACCUGAUUCCGACUUCUCCAUGACAGCCGGAGAUUUCCUGGAAGUGUAUACAGAUCCGAACAUGUGGGAUUGCGUCGCCACCUGCUUCUUCAUCGACACCGCCCACAACGUCAUUGAAUAUAUAGAGACCAUCUGGAAUAUACUCAGACCUGGUGGAGUUUGGAUCAAUCUGGGGCCUCUUCUGUACCACUUUGAGAACAUGGCCAACGAACUGUCCAUCGAGCUGAGCUACGAGGAAAUAAAGGACGCCAUGUUGAAAUGCGGCUUUCAGUUCGAGGUGGAGAGAGAGUCAGUGCUCACUACAUACACGGAGAAUGAGCGCUCCAUGCUCAAGUACUUGUACGAUUGUGUGUUUUUUGUGGCGCGGAAACCCGCAGCACCGCUCUCCAACUCCCAAAACUGUGACAAGCUCCAGUUCAGCUCGGUACAGAAAACGGAAACUACAAUUACGUGACCUCAGACUGGAGCCUUCAGACAUUUUAUCCAAUUUAAUAUCUCGAAUAUCAGAUUAUAUCCUGUUUCCUUUUGCGUGUUUGUGUUUAAGUACUUUAAAAAAAAAAAAAGCCUUUGUUGACUUCGCCUCAGGAUGCAGGUUUCUUGUAAAGGUGAUAGCUUGGAUAUGUCGUCAGCUCCUGAUCACCGAUGUAUGGGAUUUGAACUUCUGAUGAUAAGAGAUGUCCCAGUUGGUUGCUUGACUGGUGAACUGAUGUGACAGGAAUUGAACUGAAGGCCGAGUUGACUAGAGUGUCUUAAAAAGCUCUGAUGCCAAAACUGACAGUCCAUAAAGGAUCACUGGGUAUGUGUGCAGCAGUUCUAGCACUGAUCUAUAGAAGAAGUAAGACUGCGUUUUACUCAACAAUGCAGUGCUUUGUCACUUUCACACACUGCCUUGAAGUCAAUAAGGGUUAAAAUAUGCUUUUACGCGUGCAUUUUAAUGCUGUUCAUAAAUCAGCACAUCAAGCCUGGCCUUUGUACAUUACACAACAGCUAACGUUACACUUUACAUUACGUUAAAGAGUUUCACUAUUCCAGCUAAUUUCCCAUAGUUAAAACUUUACUGUUAAACUGCCAUAUGAAUGCAGUGCAUUAUGGGAGUACACCACAAUCUGCUGACCACUGAGGUUAUGCUCUGUGAACACUCUAAGGGUGCUUUAACAUUUACAAAAUGUAGUUGGUUUGAAUAGAACCCUUGUACAAUUCUUUUAUGUGGGUGAGAACAUAAUUGCACUGUGGUGUGGACUAAUAUAUACUUCAUGGCUGAAAGUUUGUAGACACGUAACCAUCAUUCCUAUAUGAGCUUGUUGGAUAUCCUGUUCCAGAUUUAUUCCCUCUUUGAUGUUAUAAGUUCCACUCUUCUGGGAAGGAUUUCCUCUAUAUUUUGGGGCGUGGCUGUGGGGAUCUGUGUGAGAUCACACAGAUGUUAGGUGAAGAGGUCUGGGGUGCAGUUGGGGUUCCAGUUUAUCCCAAAGAUGGUCAGGGCUGUGUGCAGGAUAUUCAAGUUCUUCCACUCCAAACUUAACACAUGGAGCUUGCUUUGUGCACAGGGACAUUGUCAUGUUUGAACAGGUUUGGGUCUCAUGGUUCCAACUGUGCCGGAAAAUGGUGUUCUUCCAACUUUGUGGCAACAGUUUGAGGACGGACUGCCUAUCUAUGUAAUGGUCAGGUGUCCAGAAACAUUUGGCCAUGUAGUUGGAACAUGUCCAAGAAAGGUGGUCUCAAUUUGCUUUGAAAUGAGCGAUUGCAGUGACAUGAAGUGAAUCAAAUGUUAUAUUUUUGUAUUUAGAGUUGCAGCUUUUUUUUGCUAAACUGAGCCAGAGCACAGCUAUAGUGCUGCGGAAAUGCAAUUUGUUCUAGAGAUUUGGACUGAUGGUCUGAAAAAGAAUAUAAAUGUUUAAAUUAGUUAUUCGCAGUUUUUGAGCACCAUACACAGUAUGUGUUCUUUGUACUUGGGUGAUUUUUUUACAGCGACAUUUUGAGCCCUACGUGUCAGUUAGCCAGUUUUUGAACCAUGUUUCAAAUUUGUUCUGAUUCACCCUAAGGGUGCCUAAGAGUCUUUUCCACAAACUUUGAGAAUUCUAUAUAAAUGGUCAGGUGCAUUGAUUUCCCACUGCAGUAGAGUUCUCACGAGAACAGGUUCAGUCCUCCUGGUCAGCUUAUUGGUCCACACCUGAGUGAGUUCUCACCGAGGAGGAAAACAUAACAUCAGGGUUCCAGACUAAACACUGUAUGUAUGAGAACAAGCUAAAUAAAAUAACAUGUGGUUGUGUUAGAAUGCUGGAAAUGUGCUGAGACCUUUUCUUAAAAUUGUGAACAUGAAUUUGUGAGUGAACAUGAAAUAGAUAUGAACACUCAUAAAAGCCUCAUGUAACUACCAUUAGACAUCCAUACAGUAUUGAGAGUAUUUUAUAUUCUCAGUGAUUCUCCUACCAUUGAUCUGAACCAUCUCACCUAAAAAUCUCAUUGUGUUGUUGCUUUUUGACUGAUAUUCAGACAGAAGUGUAUUCAGAGUUGCUCCAUGUUGCAACAGGACGCUCAACCAAAUAUGUUGAGUUUUUAAUUAUUUAUUUUUCACAGCUCUGUUUGAUUGAUUUCUGCCUUGAGAACACUUUUGACUGUCUAAAUUGGAAACAGUUCACACAGCACUAAGUUGUUUUAAACUUAAUAAAACAAGUUAUUAUUACUAUUAUUAUUACAAUAAAGGAGUUAUUUUCCCCCCACCAAAAUGUGAAAUAGAUGACAGCUAUCAGAGAUUUUUAAUAAAAUGUGUGGGUUUUGGUGAUAUUUGAAUAUUUCAUUUUCAUAAUUCCACACUACCAAAGAAGUCUGUUUUUUUUUUAAAUGUAUAUAAAAUAUUUUUUCUGAAAUUAUGGAGGAUUUUCUGAUCAUGUUUCACUGCUUAAAUGUAUCACCAAGCUAAUGGCCAGCUGUCAUCUUUAAUAAAGGCAAAGCUGUUUCAA